CCCCUAGCGUUUAGACACUUUUCCCCUAUCCCUAGCGUUUAGACACUUUUCCCCUAUCCCUAGCGUUUAGACACUUUCCCCCUAUCCCUAGCGUUUAGACACUUUUCCCUUAUCCCUAGCGUUUAGACACUUUUCCCCUAUCCCUAGCGUUUAGACACUUUUCCCUUAUCCCUAGCGUUUAGACACUUUUCCCUUAUCCCUAGCGUUUAGACACUUUUCCCUUAUCCCUAGCGUUUAGACACUUUUCCCCUAUCCCUAGCGUUUAGACACUUUUCUCUAUAUCACAACUAAAUACAGGUUAUUGACACUUUUCUACUAUUACAUGGGGGGACUUUAUUUUUUGAAAGUUUCCGAAAUUCCGAGACCCGGAAGUACUUCAUUGAUGUUGCUGACGAGACGCUGAUGUCGAGACGCAGGUGGAUGAUUGAUUCUGCUUGCGCUUUCACUGGAUCUCAUCAACCAAACAAGUAGCCAAAGGAAAUCAGUAUCAAGUAGCCAAAUGAAAUCAGUAUCAAGUAGCCUACUGCUAACAUUUUAAAUUUGAGCUUGUAAAUUUGGUCUGUAAACUAACGCAUUCCAUGAAUCGUUAGUGGUUGCCGCGGCCUGGCUUUGUUGUUAUCCAAACUAGCCCUCCAAUCCAACCCUUUUGUGUAGCUAGCUAGCUAACUAGAUUCAGUCAGAGUUGAAGUGUGUCUUUUAUUUUAUAUUUAGUCAUCUAUCAUUGCAUUGUGGGUAAAAUGUCUAGCGAGGAAUAAGCUAGCUGGCGACUAGCUAGGUAGUUAGUUAGCUAAAUUAUCUUGAUCAACCGUUGCUAAACUAAUUGCCUACCGGGUUGUGUUAAUCCCUGUUGGACGGGAUGAGUUGUUAGCUAUUUUAGCUACAUAUAUAUUUUUGGAACUAUCCCACGAUCAAGGUUAGUGAAAAUCCCCCAGAACUUGUUGAGGUCUCCUCUUUUAGAUCCACAUCUAGCCGACCAUGUCUGAGCCGGGAUCUGACUGUGGUGAUCCGGCCCAGAGAAGCUCACAACAGGGUCCAGAGGUGGUGUCAGUGAAGCUGGAGGACUGCGGUCAAACACUGGAACUCAAUGUGAUUGUGAAAGAGGAGGAGGAGAGAGAAAUCAAGGAGGAAGAAAACAGUGACUCGGGUGACUCCGGAGAGAGCUCCAACCCAGACUCAGACAUCAAGCCCAGUCCCAUAGCAUCAGGAAACCGCAGACAGAAGCCCCAACCCGGCUGUAGCGACAGUUUUAUUUAUCCAACUCGCCACAAAUCACACCAACAAACUCCCAAAAUAAAUAAGACUUACCUUUGCCGUCAAUGUGGGAAGAGUUUUCAGACACCAAGCAAGCUAAAGGCUCACCAGAGAAUGCACAAUGGAGAGAAUCCUUACCCCUGCUCCCAGUGUGAGAAGAGCUUCAAUCAUUCAGGAAGACUUAAGGACCAUCAAAGAGUACAUACUGGGGAGAAGCCUUACCACUGCUCUCUUUGUGGGAAGAGUUUCAGUCAGUUAGGAAACCUGAAGACUCAUCAGAAAAAUCACAAGCCUUACCACUGCUCACAAUGUGGGAAGAGUUUCAGUGAGAAAGUAAAACUUACGGGACAUGAGAGAGUACACAGUGGAGAUAAACCUUACCACUGUACCCAAUGUGGGAAAAGCUUCAAUUAUUAUUCAGUACUUAAGGAACAUCAAAGAGUACAUACAGGGGAGAAGCCUUACCACUGCACACUUUGUGGGAAGAGUUUCAGUUGGGCAACAAACAUAAGGAAUCAUCAGUUAAGACACAUUGGAGAGAAACCUACAUGUACUCUCAAUGUGAUUGUCAAAGAGGAGGAGGGCGAACAGAGACACAUUAAGGCAGAAGAGCGAGAAGUUGAGGUAGAGGAGAGAGAGGUGAAGGAAGAGGCUACAUAAGCUAACUCCAUAGGAAUUGCAUUGCGGGGGGGGGACAAUGGAUGGGGGCGGAACACAAAGUGCAGCUGGAUAUAUACGACACAAUCCCUUUCAAAAACGAAACAUAUUUGGUUGGUAGAGACAAUGAAUUAUUUCCAACCUACUUUAACUGAGGAGACAGGUCCUACAGACAGGGCCUACAGACAGGGCCUACAGACAGGGCCUACAGACAGGGCCUACAGACAGGUCCUACAGACAGGGCCUACAGACAGGUCCUACAGACAGGGCCUACAGACAGGUCCUACAGACAGGUCCUGCAGCCCAAUAUUUCAACAUUGUAUUUUUCAAUAUUGGUCCUAAAAAGUUGUAUUUGAAGCUAUUUUCUUCCAUAAGUAACUUAUUGCAUUUUCUUAUUAGCACAAUAAAAGGUGGCCAUUGAUUAAAAUGGAAUAUUAUGAAUCUGUUAUUGAUGUUGAAAUGCAGGCUUUUAUGUUGAAGUUUUUUUUUAUAGAAAUGUUUUUUUUUUUUGUGUGUGUGAAAUAAGGUGUCAAGAAUGUGUAUUUUAAUUGACCUGCCUGAUAAAGUUAAGGUAAAUAAACUCAUUAUAUGAGA